GGGGGUGGGCCCGGGCUGGAGCUCCCCUUCCGCCUUGCGGGCACCGACGGCCCGGGGCAGCCCCUGUGCUGGGGGUGGACCUGGUGAAGGCGAUGGUUUGACGCAGCCCCUUCUCCCCGGGGGCAGGUCCCUGUGCGGGGCCAGUGAGAACAGGCCCUGCAGUACUGGGGCAGAGCAAUGGUCCCUCUAGCCCCAUAGCUGGUCUCUGACAGGGCCGCGGCCAGCUGCUUCAGCGAGAACCCGAACAGGGUAAUUAGUGAUAGAUCCACCCCCUGUUGUCCAGUCCCAGCUGCCGAUAUGUGGAGGUUUAGGGAUACCCAGAGCAUGGGGCUGCAUCUCUGACUAUCUUGGCUAAGAGCUAUUGCUGGACCUAUACUCCACGAAUGGUAUGAGCAUUGCUAUCCUGGGACCUACAUUUCAAGAUUUGGCUGCAAAUGUGAAUAAAAAUGUCAGUGAUAUUUACUACAUUUUCGUGGGUCGUUCUCUGGGGUACCUUGGUGGUUCAGUGAUUGGAGGGAUUAUCUUUGACAGCAUGAACCCUUAUCUCCUCUUGGGGUUAACCAUGUUGGGAACAGCAGUUGGUCUUUAUGCCAUACCAUGGUGUAAGAAAGCGCUAUUGUUAACUGCCCUGAUGUCAGUCAUUGGCACUUCCAUGGGUGUUCUAGACACAGGUGGAAAUGUCCUUGCACUGAAUAUAUGGAGAGCAGAGGUUGGACCACAUAUGCAGGCCUUACACUUCAGUUUUGCACUGGGUGCCUUUGUGGCCCCAAUCCUGACAAAAAUGGCAUUGGGCAGCUUCAUAUCUCCUAAAGUCCAAACAGAAGAUGAAAAUACAAAUCAUUCUGUUCCGAGUGAUAUACCUAACACGCGGUCUGGAUCAGCAAUGAAACUGCAUUCUAAUGUGAGCUUUAUGUGGUCCUACAUUGUCAUAGGGACCUAUAUUUUGAUAGUUUCUAUGUUGUUUGUUGUUCUGUAUUCAAGGACUGGCUCAGCACGAGAUAAAGCAAAAGCUUCUCCACAGAAAUGCCAAAUUGCCAAAUACCACUAUGCCCUUCUCAUUCUCCUUUUCCUUUUCUUCUUUUGCUAUGUAGGAGCAGAGGUCACCUAUGGCUCUUACAUUUUCAAUUAUGCAGAGGUUUAUGCAGACAUGAAAGAAAGUGAAGCAGCUGGUUUGAACUCCCUUUUUUGGGGAGCAUUUGCAGCUUGCAGAGGACUGGCAAUCUGUUUUGCUACCUGUUUCUACCCUGGUACUAUGAUUCUGCUGAGUGUCAUAGGUUCCACUGUCUCUUCUCUGUUCCUGGCACUGUUGAGUAAGCAUCCAAUUUCGCUCUGGGUUGGGACAGCAGUGUAUGGUGCUUCAAUGGCUACCAUCUUUCCCAGUGGCAUUUCCUGGAUUGAACAGUACACCACCAUACAAGGAAAGGCUGCUUCUCUCUUUGUAGUUGGUGCUGCCUUGGGGGAGAUGUGCUUUCCAGCAGUGGUUGGGUUUCUUGAAGGAAAACUUCACAAUGUCCCUGUGAUGAUGUAUGCUGCAUUGGGAACAUCUGUAAUGACAGCAGUACUAUUUCCUGUGAUGUAUAAAUUAGCCACUUCUCCCAGUGAGAGUAAGUUAAAAGAUGGUGGUGGGAGCGAGGACCAGAAAGCUUUGUUGUCCAACUUUGAACUUAAUGAAGAUGAGGAAGAUGAAGAGGAUGCAGGAGAAUGGAAUGAAGCAGACUUUGAAGUAAUUGAAAUGAAUGAUACAGUGAGAAACUCUGUGGUAGAGACAUCUCAAAAGAUCCCAGGGGAAUCCCCAGCUAAAGUGUCCAUGCAGCCACCUUCAAACAUAUUUAGUUCUUCUCCAGUGAUUGCUCUUAGCUCCCCAGGGAGAAAGCAAUUCAAUACAGACAGAGAGAAGAAUGAUUAAAGUAAAAUCUAGGCUGCUUAUUUGAAAUGACUGCCUGGCUUCUGUAAGGUAAUAAACAAUCAAAUUAGCUGUGAUUCAGAAUUUUAAUAGUGGUACAAAGCCAAGUGUUUCCACCUCUGUGCUUGCCAAUUCCCAGUUUAUGCUUAUUCAUUUUAAUCUGCAAUCAUGCAUCCUGGAGUGAAAAAGAAUGUGUAUGUUGGACAUACUAAAGAGGGAGUCCAUGGUAAUAUGAUCAGGUGUUUGUGUCAUGGAACUAAAAGCAAUUUAGACUAAACGUAUGGGAAACAUUUCUUAAAUGUGAGGCUGUAAACAAUUUCUCAAAGAAAGUGGUGGGCACCCUAAUAUAACUUAAAGUGAGACUGUUCAGAGUAUUUUAACCAUAUUUUUAGAACUAUCCUGCAUUGGCAGGAAUAGACCAGGACACACAGCGAUCUUAAUUGAUCACCCUCAUACAA